UGUCGGUGUAACUCGUUCGCAAACAAUAAUAGUAAAACAUUUGAAGAUCGUAUCGAUAUAAUUAUUGUAUCAUAUUAUAAUGGAGUUCAACAACUACCCCGACGUGGUGGCGAAGAAGACUACAGACCGUUAUACGCCGCCAACAGCCGAUGAUGAGGGACGUGUGGAUGUCGGCGAUAGAUCGGUGUGUAAUCCAAGAUUUGGAAGGCAUGACGCUCACAAACGUCAAGAUACCAUGGGUGAAAUUGUACAAAGCGGUACUGAUACUUUGAAGUUUAAGUACAACCACGACAACGAUUUUGUUGAUAGCCGUUUCAAAGAAUUGAUACCUCAUCCUGAAGUCGUUGGUAAACUUCAAACUGACAAGUAUGGGAACCCUGUGAAACGGGAUCUCAAAUUCCAUCACAGCACUCUAUGGUAA